AUCGCAUCUGUCGUCCAUCAGUCGAAAAGCAGCGGCUGAGGAGGACCUGGGAGGUGGAGUGCUUGCACAACGAAACGAUGCCGGACGCGAAGCUCAAUGCCUACCUGGCAGCACGGUACCUCGAUGGGCCCAAGGCUGAGGCGAUGCUAGCCCGUGCCGGCGUCGAGGCGGGCGAGGACAAGAAGAGGCGAAAGAAGCGAAAGAAGGAGACGGCGGCGCAGUCGGGUGCCGGCACGGGCUUCAAGCUAGUCGAUGACGAAGACGGGUGGAAGAGGGCAGGCGACGAUGACGAUGAUGACGCAGAGGGGAGGGCCGUCGUUGUGCAAGCGGACGGAGCGGGAGGGAGCAAGGGCAGAGCCAAGUGGGCGCGGCUGGGUGCUGGCGAUGCGAUGGCCGACGAAGCGGAGGGCCAGAUCGAAGAUAAUGAAGCGAAAGGGGAGGGGGGCAUGGACGACGUGCCACAGGUGGCUGGUGCAGAUGGCCUGGCGCUGGACGCCGACGCGCAGGCCCAGGUGGGCCGCCGAUUGCAGGAGCAGGAGGCCAGCGGCGGCGGAGGCGGCGAAGGAUCCGCAUCUGCGUCUGCGUCUGGAGGACGAGGAAAGGAGAGGAUCAAGGCGGGUCUCAAGACAAGAGAGGAGAUGCGAGCGGAGCGUCUGGAGCGCGAGCGCCUCGCUGCCGAAGAGGCCGCCAAGGGCGUCGACGCGCGGGCCGAGGAGCAGGCCAGGCGCGCACAAGAAAAGGAGCGCGAGAGGGAGGCAGCCCAGCAGCAGACGGUGUACCGAGACUCGUCCGGACGCAAGAUCGACGUCGAAGAGGAAAAGCGGCAGAGGGAGCGUCAAGAGAGGGAGCAGCAGCGGCUUGAGAGAGAGAAAAAGGACUGGAACAAAGGCGAGGCGCAGCUGAGGCGUGCUCGAGAGGAGCGAAAGAGGGAGGAGGAGAUGAAGGAUACUACCUUUGCACGCUACUCUUCGGACGAGAAGAUGAACGCCGAGCUCAAGGCCGUAGAGCGCGCGUCAGACCCUGCGCUGGCCUUUUUGACCAAGAAGAAGCGUAAUGAAAAGGGCCCGUCCAAGCCCGUCUACAAGGGCUCCUUUCCUCCCAAUCGCUUCGGCAUCAGGCCGGGCUAUCGCUGGGACGGCGUCGAGCGCAGCAAUGGCUUUGAAAAGAAGCUCUUUCAGCGGCAAAACGAGCGACGGCGGGCAGAGGCCGAUGCGCAGGCAUGGAGGCAGGAGGACAUGUGAGGCCGCAAGGCAAGCGGCACCCAAUCUGUACACUACGUUGCACCAAUAUAUCUUAGUCGCCG